GAGCUGACAUCACUGCCCCAUUAAAAACAAUAGCAAGCUUCUCGAAUAAAAUAACUAAACUCGAAACUAGUAAUAAGUAGAAAAGAUAAAUAUGAAUCUGUUAGACUUACCGCAAACACUAAUUCUGGACAUCUUGGAGUUGCUCCCCUACGACGAGGUGGCAAAAAAACGAGAGGUGUGCACUCUAUUUAACUAUCUUGGCCAGCAAAUAUUGAACAAGGGUUUCAACAAGAUCAUUUUGGCCCAUGCCAAGAACUUCAAGCGCAUCAAAUCCAUGCUGCCGCGACGGGAAUCGGAACGCAGGAACCACAUUUUAUCCCGCCACUCGGACAUACUUACCUCCAUCGAAACACGCAUAUCGAUGCUGACCAUGACGUACUCCAAGUUUAUCGACCUCAACAUCUGCUGUUUUAUACCUGGUCGCGUUCUGGACGAGAUUAACAGCAUCCUGCGCAUUUUGAGCACCUCCACCAAACAGCUGCGACCACAUGAGGUGCUGCAGGAGCUGCGCGACAUUUCCUCCAUGGCCAUUGAGCAUUUUGACGAGAAGAUUGCUGUGAAUUUCAAAAUGGAACACCGAAAACAAUUGGCCGAAUCCACGGCGGCCGGAACUCGACUUGUGGUUUGCAGUGCCUUGGGCGACAUCAGCUUUAGCGGCGUCAGGCGAACCGGAAUCAGCCGGCCCGUAGACCAUGGACUCGUCCAGCAGGCCAUCGUUCAGUUGGCCCCAAUAUCUGCCAGCAAAUCACAGCCAGAUUCCUCGCAAAAGGAUCGCUUCUCUAAGCAUCUGUUCAAGCAAUACCAGCUCCAAAGGUCACUCACGCAAAGGAUUCGCAGCCUAGAAGUGUCGCGCAAGGUGCAGGAUCGCCGAUUGCAGGAAGCCCUCUCCAGCAUCACUGAACUGACCACCCAGGUGUCCGAACUCAAGCGCCAAAUGGAGGAUGUGGUGGCCAACAUGCCCAGUUGCGCCGUUAAACGUCAGGCUGUGGCCAGUGCGGACUGCUUAUCACCGGCCCUGAAAAAACCCAAGGUGUAGCCAAGGAUUAAGAAUACUGAAUAGCUUUUAAU